CAAUCACGGUAUGCAAUGACCUCGAACGGCAGUCCAAAGCACAACAGUUGUGUGCUCCACAAAAAGUGCAUUUGGUGUGUGCUAUUAUUAGAUGCUGUCCAAAGGUCGUGUACGGGCAAGCGGAGAUCUGGAAGCAUCAUGAACCAAACCAGGCCCACGCUCGUCUACCUGAUCACCGGGGGCUGCGGCUUCCUGGGCCGACACCUGCUCAGGGUUCUGCUGGAGAAAGAGGACCAGGUGGCCGAGGUUCGAGUGUUCGACAAGCACACGGACGACAGCCUAAGCGGACUCGGAACUGAGCGCACAACGGUGAAGGUCAUUCAGGGCGACAUCACCGACUAUGGCAGCGUGCUGGAGGCCAGCCGCGGCGCCAACGUCGUCAUCCACGCCGCCGGCCUGGUGGACGUCUGGCACAAAGUCCCGGAGGAUGUCAUCUACUCCGUCAAUGUUAAAGGAACGCGCAACGUGGUCAAUGCCUGUGUGGAGAACAGCAUCUGCAGCCUGGUGUACACCAGCAGCAUGGAGGUGAUCGGGCCCAACAUGAAGCGGGAGCCGUUUGUCAGGGGCAAUGAAGACACACCUUACCAGGUGAAACACACCAUGGCCUACCCAAAGAGCAAGGCCAUGGCCGAGAAGCUUGUCCUGAACGCCAAUGGAAUGAAGGUGAGCAGCGGCAAGCGCUUGCACACGUGCUCGCUGAGGCCGACGGGCAUCUACGGCGAGGGCCACGAGCUGAUCAGAGACUUCUACAAGAUGGCCGUCAAGAGGGGAGGCGUGAUCAUCGUCGGCGUCCCGGCAACCAUCGAACACGGGCGGGUCUACGCCGGCAACGUGGCGUGGAUGCACGUGCUCGCCGCCCGCGCCCUCAGGGAGCGCCCGGGUACGGUCGGAGGCGAGGCCUUCUUCUGUUACGACGACUCUCCUUACAAGAGCUACGAGGACUUCAACAUGCUCUUUCUGUCCACCUUUAACUUCCGGCGGGUCCGCAUCCCCAUGAUGCUGCUGUGGAUCAUGGCCGUGCUCAACGACAUCCUGCGCUGGCUGCUGAGGCCCUUUUGCAACUUCACGCCGCUCUUGAACUGCUACACCUUAAGUGUGGCCAGCACCUCCUUCACCGUGAGCACGGACAAAGCGCUGCGCCUCCUCAAGUACCGCCCGCUCUACAACUGGGACCAGUGUCAGGAGCGCACGCAGAAAUGGGUGGAUACCUUCCCUUCCGAGGACUCCAAAAAAGCCUGAUGGGGCCCAAGCUGCCUCAAUGCUGCUACGUAUAUGCACGGGCCCCUUUUUAUAGCUAAUGUGUAACAAAAGCCUGUAUUUUAAAGGAAAUUUAUCAGUUAUUCCGUUAUUAUGUAAAUCUACA